UCUGGUGCAGCUGCAAAACUAGAAAAGUUGGCAGCUCUCUGUGAAGCAGUUGGGAUGCUUCCAAAAAGGCUGGCAGCGCCAGCAGCUCAUUGGGGGCCGUUGUCCAUUGCUGGUGAUGCUGCUCCAGAGAGAGGUGGUUCCAGCUGCUGGUGUGCACUUCCCUCUUUUUUCCCAGAAGGGUUCAGAAGCAGCGGCAGAAACACCAAGAGACCAAGGGGGCUGUCUCUGAAGCAGCCACUCCUGUCCAAAGAAGAGGAAGAAGUCUCCUUUUCCAGCUGCGCCAGGCGAGGAUUGGAAAAGACUAGAAAGGCUGACAGCCGGUGUCUGGCUCUUUAUACUCAGAGAGCCAGAGCAGCCUUCCACUGAAAUCCGUUUGUAGCAUGCCCAGACUGUGGCUCUCUCUUCCCAGCUUCGAGAGCCUGGGUUUAAGGUAGCUGCAGUGCUAGGCGAUGGAUCCUGAAGUUCUGCUACUUAUCCUCUGCCUUCCUGCCCUUCUUGGAGAAAGGCUCCUUCUGCACAGAGGUCCUCAGCCCUCCGUUCCUGAUUUAGAAGGGGACCUUCUCUUCCUGUUGGACAGCUCUGGCAGUGUCUCUUUCUAUGAGUUCUCCAGAGUCAAAGAGUUUAUUGCUGACUUUCUCCAUCCGUUCACUUUUGGGCCCCAUGAUGUCCAGACUGGUAUUGUCCACAUCAGCAGCAUGCCCAGCCUUGAGUUCCCCUUUGACCGCUAUCAUUCCAGCGGGGCAGUUCAGCACGCUGUCCGCAACAUCCAGCAGAAGAUGGGAGACACCAACACAGGCAAAGCCCUCUCCUUCGCUAAGGAGAAGCUCUUCACAGAUGAGGCUGGGGCCAGGGCCAAUGUGCCCAAAGUGGUGGUUUGGGUGACUGACGGCUUCUCCACAGAUGACAUUUCCCAGCCCAUGCAGCUGCUGAAGGACAUGGGAGUCACUGUUUUCAUUGUGAGCACUGGACGGGGGAACUACUUGGAACUUUCUGCUGCUGCCAGCCAGCCCCCUGAGAAGCACCUCCAUUUUGUGGAUGUGGAUGACUUGACCAUCAUUACUAAGGAGCUCAGAGAUGCCAUCGCUGGGAUCAUGCACGCUAAGCGUCUGCGAGCUACAGAGAUUUCUUCAAACAGCUUCCGACUCAUUUGGCCCCAGCUUCUGACGCGCGACACUGGAUAUUAUGUUCUGGAGUAUGCCCCAAAUGGACACCCCAGGCAAAAAUUGACCAAACAGAUGCCCGGCGACCACACCAGCAUCGUAGUGAACAACCUGGAGCCCCAAACCACUUACGAGGUUGCCCUCAUCCCAGAGUCGAAUGAGAGGUACAUCCCUCCUCAAGUCACCAGGGUUGCCACUUUGGAAGAAGUGAUCAGCCCAGCUCGAGUCCUCAUCUCAGAAUCCAAACCCCACAGCGUUAGGGUCAGCUGGUCUCCAGUUCCAGAGAGUGUGGCCAGCUAUCAGAUCAUGUAUGGCCCUCUGCCUGGGAAUGCCAUCAAGAUCGUGGAGGUGAAAGGGAGCCUGAACAGCACUGUCUUGGAGGAUCUGCUGGCCAACACCACCUAUCUGGUGACAGUCUCUGCCAUUUAUAAGUCGGGCAAAGAGAAAGCACUGUCGGCGAAAGCCUGCACUCAGGAAGAGUACUCCAAAAUAAAGCACCUCCGCUUUGAAGACAUGAGCCCCACCACUGUAAAGGCCUCCUGGGACCCUGCAGACGGCAACGUUGUAGGCUACCACAUCCGAUGCCGGCGGCAAGCGGGCCCUUCGACCCUCCUCAGUGUCUCGCCUCAGAUUCACAGUGUGUUGCUGUCAGAUCUGGCUGCGGGCAGCACCAACAAAGUGUGUGUGAGGCCCGUGUACAGGAAUUUGCUCGGCACAGGGCUGUGCAGGAUGAUACACAUGCAGCCAGCUUCAUUACCCAGAGGCUACAGGCACCAGCAGAGAGUAUGAGCAUUAAUGGACUGGAGAGGAACCUCUGUGGAGCAGAGGGAAAGGACUGGACACAAAAGAACAUGGCAGGUGUACCUAUAUAAGCCACACUCCCAAACCCACCAGACCCCUAGCUCCCUUGUAGCCAUUGUGUCUGAAAAUGCCCAAGAUGUUGUUUGUGCAUAGAAGACUCUCCACCCAGACAUUGAUAUCCACCUGGAUGCUGCCAUGAUGAGCUACUGGCUAAUGCUUUCCUUAUUCUGCCUGAUACCGUAUUCCAGAAAUAGCAAAACUCUGGGAAUCAAAAUCUCUCUGUCCGUAAUGUAUUUGUAUUUAUUUGUGUUUAGUGUUGGUCAUAAAUGAUAAAGAAGGUUGCAGGUCUCCCUUCCCCUAUUCCCUCCAGAUAUCCAACUUUCUUUCUUUUCCUCUUUGCCACGAGACCAGGGGUUGAACUAUGUCUUGGCCAUGGAAACCCACUGGGCAAAUCACACUUGGGCAAGUCACACUGUCUCAGCCUAGGAAGGCAAUGGCAAAAGGCCAAACAAAUAUUUCCUUCACCUUAGGGUUGUAUCACUGUUUAAU